AUGUCUCUCUACAACGUGUGUGCCAUCGUCGGGGCAUCGACCAUUGGCUAUCUUGGAUACCAGCUGGCCUCGGCGCUGCAAUUCCACCUCCAUUCAUCCAAACUCCAGCGCUACCACCAUGGAACAGACCCGUGGGCUUUGAUCACGGGGGCCAGCGAUGGGAUCGGGCUGGCGUUCGUGAACGCUUUCGCACAGCGUGGGUUUAACGUGGUCCUGCACGGGCGCAACGGCGCGAAGCUGGACAAGAUCGUCGCCGGGCUGAAAACGCAGUACCCCAGCACCAGCUUCCGGACGCUCGUGCUCGACGCAGGGACGCCGGCGACGCCGGAGACGCGCUUUGACGAGACGGUGCUCGCGGCGGUGCAGGGCCUCAACCUGACGGUGGUGGUGCACAAUGUGGCCGGCUCAGGCGAUCCAAAAUUCGACAUGAAACUGUUCGCGGACUUCUCGGCGCGGGAGUGCGACGGCUGGAUCAACGUCAAUGCACGCUUCACGACGCACCUAACGCGCCUGCUGCUGCCGGGCCUGCAGCAGCGCCAACCGGGGCUGAUGCUGUUCGUGUCCAGCGCUGUCACCGAACUCGCGACGCCGUACGUGUCGCUGUACACGGCGGUCAAGUGCUACAUCGAGGGCCUGGCCAAGUGUCUGAAGAUGGAGAUGGCGCUGGGCGGUCACGAUGUCGAGGUCAUGUCCUUCACCACUGGCACCGUCGCCACCGCGUCGUCCGGCCGGUCCGAGAAAGACAUCUCCUUCACCAUGCCCAGCACCAGCACCUUCGUCAAGGCCGCCCUCGACAAGGUCGGCGUCGGCAGCCCCAAGGUCUCCCCCUACAUCGGCCACUCGCUGCAGGUCGGCUUCAUGCAGUUGCUGCCUGCCUGGGCACGCGAUCAGAUGCUGCUCCGCCUUACGGCAAAGGUGCGGAACGCCGUCGAGAAAAGGGAUUGA